ACUUACGUCUGCGCACGGAGUCUCCCGCGUGGGAGAAGUUACCACGGCAGCGCAUCACUGCUCGCGAAAUGGAUGAGAAAGUUGAAAAUAUGUAUGUGUUCGCUCCGUACGUAGUUUUCGAGCAUGAAGCGGACGGACCGGAGCGUCCGAAGGCACGAAGUGGCCAUCGUAUCGCCUGCGACCAUCGGAAUCUUUAUUCGUAUGGAGGUUUCAAUCCAUGUGUAUCUGACACCGAUCCAGAUAUGCGCGACGACCCAACGUGGAUCAUCAGCAAGCCGUUGUUCAAAGAACUAUGGCGAUUCAACCUGGCAAGUGAACGUUGGCGGCGAUUACCUGCCCAAGAAACUAUGCCGAACGAACUAGCCUCGACCGCUAUGAUCUUACGUGGUAAGACACUUAUGGUGUACGGUGGUACAGGUGUGCCAUUUGGUGAGAGUUGUAGCAAUCAAUUGUACAUUUGCAAUGUGGAGGAUGGUGUGAUGAAACCGGUACUAGCUUGUGGUGAUCUACCUGAGCCUCAGUAUGGACAGGCACUGAUAUGUUACGGUUGUUAUCUAUAUACUGUUGGUGGUACCACUGGUUAUGAAUAUACCUGUGACAUCCAUCGCUUUGACCUCAGAAUCGGCAUCUGGCAAGCAGUAUACAUUUGUUUGGGCAGAGACUCAUUAGAACCACCUGGUAGAUAUCGCCAUGAACUAGCAUGUGAUGGUGAGAUGAUCUACAUCUUGGGUGGUGGUACUUCCAUGGAUGCCUUUGGGUUUUCAGAAAUCCCAGCGUUCAAUCUGCGGUCCAAUAAGUGGGAAAUAUUGAGCACACAUGGUGAUAAUGAUGACAACACAGUACCAGCGCCAAGACGCUGUCAUGGUUCUGUUCAGUAUACAGAUGAGAAGACUGGUGCUACCAUAGUUGUUAUAUCAGGUGGUUAUGACGGCGAUCGCGUCUUCUCUGAUGUUUGGCGACUGGACCUUAGUACGUUACAGUGGACAUGUUUAAGGACAUGCAUCCUGCCAUGUCCAUUGUAUUUCCAUUCAGCAGCACUCACCCCAGAAGGUCGUAUGUACAUAUUUGGUGGUAUUAUCAAGGAGAACAAUACGAUACAAAGGACAAAUGCGGUUUUAUCCGUCUGGCUAACGAUCCCGAAGCUAUCAGAAAUAUGUUGGCAAGCAUUAAAUCAUUAUUGUUUGGACUUACGAAAUAGAUCGCCGGACGAAUUACUGCGCAUCGGAAUACCUUUGAAAUUCGUGCAAAGACUUGAUUUCUACGACUUGUGAACAACGUGACCAACAGUUUUCUCAGUCCUUCCUUGACUCUUCAGCUUCUCUAAAGCUUGCUAUAUACUUUAAAGCAGGGAUUCUUAACCUGAAAUUUUGGAUUUCAGAAAAUCAGAUUUCUACGGCAUUCAUGAAUAUAUUUUAGGAAAUCCGUGAAAUUAUAAAUAAGAAAAAGAUUAUGAUUUUAUCUUCGCUAGCCUCUAAUAGAAUCUAGCAAGUACUUUUUUUUUAUUUUAUUUUGGUAACUUUUAAGGAGAUGCCAAAAUGUGUUGAUAAUGUUGAAAUGAUUAACAAAACGUCAAAUAAACAUAGACACACGAUCAGACUAUCUUUUUCGUAUUUCUUAUACAUAUAAAUCUUAUAUAAAUGUAUGCUACUAUGUUUUACUAAGUAUGCUAAAAUAAAUCAACACACAUUUAUAUAAGAUCUAUAUGAUCAUAUAUGAGAAAUACAGAAAAGGUAACAUGGUUGGCUAUUUGUUCCUGUUAUUAACAUUUUUGGAAUUCGUU